AACUUAUACCGUUUGUUGAGGAAUUGGGUAAUUCCAGACAAGGAGGAUUACCAAUUAAGCUUCAUGGCAACAAAGAUGAAACAAAAAUAUGAUAAAUAUUGGGGAGCUGUAGAUAAGAUGAACAAGUUAUUAUAUAUAGCUGCCGUGUUAGAUCCAAGGUUGAAGUUGCAGUUUAUUGGUUUCACACUGAAGUGGAUGUAUGAUGAUGAGAAAGCAGUUUCUGCUUUGUUAGAAGACGUUGAGCUUGCUACUUACGAGUUAUAUGCUCAUUAUGAGAAUCAAAUGGAAGUAGGUGAAGGUUCAUCCUCCUCUCAAACAGAAUUAGAUGACGAUGGUGGGAAUGUGGAUUUAGUUGCCGAGUAUAUGAAGCAAUUGCAAAAAGAGAGAGGUGUAGUGAACAAAACUGAGUUGGAUAGGUAUUUGAAGGAGGAAGUUGAAAAAUCAAUGGAUCCCAAGUUUAAUGUGCUAGGAUGGUGGAAAGUAAACAGUCACAGGUUUCCAACUUUGUCUCGGAUGGCAAAGGAUGUCUUGGCUGUCCCUAUUUCUACAGUUUCAUCCGAAUCAGCUUUUAGCACUGGAGGUAGAGUGCUGAAUAAUUUCAGGAGCUCUUUGACUCCUAGGAUUGUUGAGGCUCUUAUUUGUACUCAGGAUUGGCUCCGAGCAGACUCUAGUCUUUGUCUAGUUGAAGAAGAUUCAGAGGAGAUUGACAAUAUCGAUGAAGAGUUGAGCAUGGUGAUGAAGGCUAUUGGCAUCUCCGAUGUUCCACUUCCUCAUAUCAAUACUCCUCGUAUGAGUCCUAAUGUAGAGGCAAGCACAAACACAAAAGGUAGCAUAUGAACCUUAUCAUUAUUGCUCUUUUAGUAUCAGGACCACAAGUUCUUUCAUCUUUAUUUAUGGAUAAUCUGUUCUUUCAGGUUGAUGGAAACUACACGGAAGCCGUCAAAGCUGAAGUACUUGUUUUGUUUGGAUCGAUUCCUGAACUUGACCCUAAGAAUGUGGAGACUACAAUUCAGAAUGGCUGCUGAAGUUUUGGACAAGCCAUGUUGGAUCCUUGAUGUUGACUUUUUCACAAGCAGAAUAAUGUCUUAGUUUCGUAAGGUUCAAAUUGUAGUGUUGAUGGAUACAUAGUUGAAGUAUCUGAGUUGUUGCCUUCGGUUUCAC